AAACCUGAAUCAAGCGAGGAGGAAAGUUUUCAGAGCCGGGGCAGCGUUGCCUAGCAGCUAGGCAUAGGACUGUGGCUAGUUCACGUUCCCUGUUUUCAUCCGUAUAUCGAGGGACCACGGACACUUCCCCGUCUCAGCCUGCCUGUCAUUUAUCUGAUAUUCUCUCACAGUCUUUUUGGCAAUCAUGACCCAGACCGUGACACUCAAGGGACCCUCACCGUGGGGUUUUCGGCUGGUUGGAGGACGGGAUUUCAGCACCCCGUUAACUGUCUCCAGGGUGACACCUGGCAGCAAGGCAGCCCAAGGUGACCUGUGUCCAGGCGACACCAUUCUGGCUAUCAACGGUGACGCGACAGAACACAUGACUCACAUGGAGGCUCAGAACAAGAUCAAAACCUGCACUCAGCAGCUUACGCUCAGCAUCAGCAGAUCAGGAUCGGGAGACAGAGUGUGGUCACCAACAGUUAGUGAAGAUGGCAAGACAAGCCCUUACAUGGAGCCCGACUCACAGAAUUUUCGUCCGAUCACUAGCGGAUAUGCCAGUUACACCCGUAAACCUUCAUAUACCGCUGAACCCCAGUCACCUCAGGUUCCUCAGCCCGCUAACCUGAAUAACGGACACUCCAGACCCAACAACGGACACAGCUAUGGGUAUGGCAAUGGAACCGGGCACUCUCAGUACAACAACCCUGCAGGACUAUAUGCUCACAAUGGAAGCAAUGGGGACAGAUCACUGCCGAGCAAGAUGGGAGGUCUCAGCAUCAGUGCCACACACAGCCCAGAGCCUCCCAUACAGUCUCCCGUGAGCCGUAACGGAUUUGACACGGAGUCAGACGUCUACAAGAUGCUGCAGGACUAUGAGGAACCUGUCUCAGAACCCAAACAGUCUGGCUCCUUCAAAUACCUCCAGGGAAUCCUGGAGGCUGAGGAUGGAGGUGUGUCACCAACGGAGAGAAUGAGAAACUUAAAGUCUCCCGUCAGAUCUCCAAUCCCCAAGUUGGGAAGCCCCAUCCCCAGCCCUAUGUCUGGUCUUCAGAAACUACCCCAGUGCACACGGUGCUGUAACGGUAUUGUUGGCACCAUCGUGAAGGCCCGGGACAAGCUCUACCAUCCUGACUGCUUCAUUUGCGACGACUGCGGCAUCAACCUAAAGCAGAGAGGCUACUUCUUUAUCGAAGACAAUCUGUACUGCGAGACCCACGCAAAGGCCCGUGUCCAGCCUCCCGAGGGCUACGAUGUUGUUGCUGUGUACCCCAACUCCAAGGUGGAGCUGGUCUGAGAUAAAAGAGGGGGGGGCUAUACUGUAAUACAACUGGUAACCAAAAUAUUGUAGAAUGCGGCUACUGAGUUUACUCGCCUAAACUAAUCAGGGUCUGUCAAGCAGGAAUGCUUAUCUUGGGUCAGUUUUGACUUUAGGAGAGUGAAAUUUGCAAUUGAGUGAUCCCAGAUCAGUGCUUCCACACUGACAGACUUGAUGAAUGCUUUUUAUAUUGAGCAUAUCGAAAUCUGUUGACAGAAUACAGCUUUGGUAAGAUAAGCAUCGCAAAUCUCCAGACUAUUAAAAGGUUAGCGUUGUAUGUUAUAGUAUUUAAACUGGCAGCCCUAAGCUCGAAACACAUGGCAAAACUCAUAAGAAAACAGAUAUGACUACUCUUGCUUUUUUACUGAUCAGGUUAUUACAAACGUAAUCUCCCACUUAAGCCUUACACUAACUUUAAGACACCAUGUGCAUUAUCACAAAAUAUUUUUGAGCUGAUUUGCUGGGAUGUGAUGUGAUGAGCUGUGCCGAGGAUGUGGUUAUUAGCUUUGAGGACUAAUUUUCACAGUUCUCUUCUCACCACAUAAUAUUCCAAGUCUUGUAAGGUAUUCUGAUAUAUUGUUCAAGUCCUGGUUAUGGGUUAAAAGGCUUUUUUUUUUUUUCCUUCGCUAUAAUUCAAUAUUAAACUUAUUUUUGGAUGGAUUUUAGCAUUUCUAACUCACUUUUAUGCAAUUUACCUUUUCUGUUGCAAAACCGGGGAACAUUUCUGUUUAGUUUCCACGUUUUUCUUCUGCUCACUUGUCAGUUAUGCAAACAAAAUAAGCAAUAGUUCACUUGAAGCAUAUCUCUAACAAUGUCUGGAAUGUGUCAGUAUGUUUUGGUGACUGGGUUUGCUGAACCUCUGCUUGUAAUAAAUGCCUCCGUUUGCAGCUAUGCAAGCACCACCUUCUGAAAGGUAAACAAAUCCCUGCUGGAAACAUCCUGAAAACUCUGUGAGAAACUCUAGAACUUGUUGGGAGUCAACUUCAAAAAAUGAUUCCCCCCAGAUGUGAAGAAAUGCGACUUAAAUGCUAAAGUAAAUUAGUUGAAUCCAGUGCAUCCAUUUCGUGAUGCACAUCUGCGAAUACAGUGUAGGUAGGUGGUGCUUCUGGCUUAUGCACCUGACUGCGAGAGGAAUUUCACUUCUCACACUGAAGAAUUCCUGUUCACAAGAGCACAGAGUUCACUGGGCGCUGAGCCUUCAGGUUGACAUCAGAAUUCUCUCCACCUCUCAUGACAGCUUUUAAAAACGAUUGUGUGCAUUUGAGCCUGGAGACAUAGCCACAGAAAUCUGUUAGGACCGUGUAAACUGGGACUUCACAACCUACAACAUGUGGGAACAAUACUCACUUUAUUUCUUUCUUCAUUUUUUUUGUGACCCCACUAUAUACUGUAAAUUCACACAGUUACUUUUUGGAAGAGAGCAAAAGACAGAAGUUCCCGCAGUGGCUUCAGAUUUCUACAGCCAAGCCCUUAAGGCUAAUGAAAUAUAUUUCUACAUUUCCUCAGAGGGAAGGGGGGAAAUAAAUUUAGGGACUGAGGUAGGGUGAGAAAGAGAAAUGAGGGGACGACAUGUAUUUUGUUUUCUUGACAGAAAAACUUUCUGUAAGAAACUUGUAGCAAUCAGUCUUAGCUUAUUGUGAAAUAAUGUAAUGUGUGGUGGAGUCAACGUGGUGCAGAGGAGCGAUGAUGUCCUUAAUUUUAGAAAUAUUGCUAACAAAAAUACUUCUGUAAUUUGAAAUGGGAAUAAAUUUUUGCAUCGCUGAUUUCCAUUCUGUUUUCCAGAUAGUAGCAGUGAUGUUUAGCUGCUGGUAUCUACCCAAGCUAGUUACGUGUAAAUUA